AUGGCUAACAAAGUGGACUGUCUUGCAUUUGAGCCAGAGACCCAUAUUACCCACACUCCCCCUCUCCCCUCCCCUCCCCCUUCCCCCUCCCACAAUGCGUUUGUGAACAGCCAGGAAUGGACCCUGAGCCGCUCAGUCCCGGAACUCAAAGUGGGCAUCGUUGGCAAUCUGGCCAGUGGGAAGUCUGCCCUCGUGCACAGGUACCUGACGGGAACAUACGUACAGGAGGAGUCGCCAGAAGCCGACGUGGACGCAGCAAACACACACCAUAUCAUUAUGGAAAACCCAUGCGUCCCUUCCAGCUUGGACCGCCGCGCUCAGAUAUGGAGGGUUUAGCCUGGAGACUUGUUGUCUCAACAUAUUUUGAAGAGUUGUCCUAGCUGUCUCUCUUUUUAACUCUUUAAAAUAUACUGUAUGUCCUAGUAAAAUAUACUGUAUGUCCUUUUUAAAAUAAA